CACGCUUUGUUUCCCAUACUUGUGGUUAAUCGGCGUACAGGGUCCGCGUCGAGCGAUGGGAGCCUCCACCAAGAACUUUACGUUAUGGCUGACGAAGGAGACUGCCAUUCGGAGGACUGGAGCACUGAUCAAGAGCCGUCAGUCCCACCGAGACAGGAAGUUUCAUUGUCGGCAAACUGGUCACGCCGCCCUGUUCGAGACCUAACCGCGGAUACAUCUUCUGUUGUCACCAUGGCUGAGCAAGGAUAUGUACACCCGGAAGACUGGAGUAUAUAUACUACACCGAAGAGAAAUCUCUUGGCCGUGUCAACACUAGGCAACUGGUCUCGCAAACCGGUGCGAGAAAUUACCAGCGAUACCUUCAAAGUACACACGCUAGCUGAGCAGGGAGGUUUUCAUCCAGAAAAUUGGAGCACAUAUACCAAACCGAAGAGAACGCUCCUAACAGCGCCAACAUUAAACAACUGGUCUCGUAAUCCGAUUCGAGAAAUCAGAAGCGAUACCUUCAAAGUACGCACGCUAGCUGAGCAAGGAGACGUUCACCCCGGAGAUUGGAGCACAUAUCACCCGCUCAGCCCUGAAAUACCACCUUCUAUGCCGAAAAGCCCACCAGAAGAGAACCCGGGAGUGUACGUGUUCCCUGUUCCGAAGAGUUCAGAUAUCUUGCUUCGGAUCCGACGACGAGCCUGGUCUUGCUGAGGAUACUUAAUGCCGUGGAAACUUGGGAUGCGACGUAUUGGCAGUUGGGUUUAGGGGUGAAGCUGGUCUUCUUCAAUCGUGGUCUACAGAGGAGCAUGGGAGAAUGAUAGUACAGCUUGUAUGCAUACCAAGACAUCAGAACCGGGUUCUAAUUUAGCGCGUAUUCUUGUCCCAUUGGUUAGGUAUGAGCACCUUGCUAAAUACAAGCACUAUUUGCACAGAUUUUUAUGCACAGCAUGGUCU